UUGUACGUGUGAGAGAGACAGUUGAAAUCAGCCGGUGAGAAGAGAAUGCGAGGCAAUCGCUGGAAUCACUUCUGAUUUGGACCUUUGAUAGAUAAGUAGCAAUAAGUGGAGCACAGGUGAGACUGCACUUUUGCACACCUAGGACUGGACAAACGCAUUAUCUACGCAGAAAUUAAAGAAGAACCAUUAUGCAACGCAUUGCUAUCAUUGGAGGAACCGGCAUGACCGGCGAAUGUGCCGUGGAUCAUGCCUUGCAAAAGGGUCUCACGGUAAAACUGCUGUAUCGCAGCGAGAAAACUGUUCCAGAGCGAUUCAAGUCCAAAGUGGAACUGGUCAAGGGCGAUGUGACCAACUACGAGGAUGUGAGAGGCCUCAUUGAGGGCGUAGAGGCGGUGGCCGUCAUCCUGGGCACCCGCAACAAGCUGGAGGCCACCACGGAACUCUCCCGUGGCACCGAGAACCUCAUCAAGGCCAUGAAGGAGGCCAAGCUGACCAAGUUCUCCAUCGUCAUGUCCUCGUUUCUCCUGCGCACGCUUCAGGAGGUGCCCGCUGUAUUCCACCGCCUGAACGAGGAGCACCAGCGCAUGCUGGACCUGACCAAGGCCUCCGGAUUGGACUGGAUUGCCAUCCUGCCGCCGCACAUCGCUGAUGAGCCGGCCACCGGCUACACCGUGGUGCACGAUGAGGCCCCCGGCCGCAUGGUAUCCAAGUACGAUCUGGGAAAGUUCAUUAUCGACAGUCUGGAGCAGCCGGAACACUACGGCAAGGUGUGCGGCAUUGGCAAGAGUCCCAAAAGUGCCUAGAACAAUCCAUCAUCGAAUGGGAUUGUGACCAAUUGCAGCUGAUCAUUUGAGUCGUACAAAUAAUAUUCUAAUUAAUAUUUUGGCAAACGUCUACAUACCCGUAUGUAAUGUGAGCUCACAAUAAACUUUCCAUUUUAGAGAACACGAA